CUCCAGUCCGUAUCGACUGCCCACGAUGCUCGUUUCUGCGCAUGCCCAGAAGAUCGCUGAAACUAGGCGAACGGCACGAUCGACCGCGCGAGACGCGAUGAGGUAAAAUAUAGUGUUUUAUAACCAAUAAAAACAUGGAUGAGAUGUUGGAACUUUGACCUUUCAAGCAAUCCAGAAAAAUUUGAGAUGAAAUGAAUGCUUCCUAUUGUUAUGGACUAAAUAUAGUAGUUUUCUUAUCAUUUGAAAAAUGUGAGCCACUAAUUCAAUAGCCUGACGGUGCCUGGGAUGACUCUAAAUCAUUGGUCUCACAAUUCUGAUAAUAAUAUAGAGCCCUCAAGGCUACAACUACCGAUUCAACAUGACGGAUGAGCUGAGCAGGACGUCAGCUGAACAUGAUGAGACGGAACCAGUGGAGAUUGUGUCAGUGAUCUUAAAUGAUAUGCUCCCGAUUGGAGCAGACGUCGCUUCUUCCGAUAUGGUGCAUACGGUGGAGAACGUUGUUACUUCCGAUGUGGAACAUACAUUGAACAACGCUGUAACUGCACAUGUGGAACACACAUCGGAGAACGACUUGUCUGGCAAAGUGACGGUUGAGUUACCUCCUGAUUGGUUGAAGCCAAUGGAGGAGGAUGAUGUUGAUGAAGGUGUUGAGAUGGAGAAGACCAAUGACAUUCCAAAGGUAAAACGACGCAGGGGUAGGCCUCCUCGAGCCAAAAAUAUCAGAAAAAGAUUGCUAAUGGAAGGCCUUAUGAAAACUAAGGGUUUUGGGACCCCCACACGCUCAAACCGGUCAUCAAAAACUGCCACUCCUCACCCAGAUCUGACCCAAACGCCUGAAGUCUCACCCAAAACACCCCAGAGCACCUCUCAAAGCCAGAUGUCCACACCCAAGGGACCCCAACUCACACCCAUCUCACCUGCAGAGGGCAGCACCAUCUCACGGACAGCCAACACAGAAUUUCGCAGUUCUCCACGCCUCACAAGGGUCUCCCAGCUUAGCCCAGAUGCUGCUGGGACACAAAAUCCCUGUCACUCUCCUGUUGUGAAAGUAGGCAACGUUUCCCAACAGAAAACAAACUCUUCUACCACACCUGGGAAAGACAGCAACGAGCCACCUCUUCGACUCUGGCUUUACCCGUCUAUGGAACCCAUUAGCCUUACAAAAACUCAGGACACACUCUCAGAUCAGACCAUACCAAUAGACUCGCCAAAUAUUCCAGAGGCCACGCACAAUGGAAGAAAGCCAGUAAAGGAGGAAAUCAUUCCUCUGCUCAGUGACUGCUUUAACUGUGGCUGCCCAUUUUUUGCUAAGAAAGCUGGAGACAUGUUGUGCCCUGGAUGCACACCAGAGAAGAAGCAAUCUCCUCCAAGCAUAGUAUUUAGGAAGGUGGGGCAAGAUCAGUGGGCGGUUGGGAAAACAAAACCUUCAAAAAAACAAAUACUGAAAUCAUAUCCCAGAUACGUCCCAAAGAAAGUUUUAAAAAAGGAUUUUGUCCCUGAUGGUGAUGAUGAUGAUGAUGAUGAUGAUGAAUGUGGGGGAGGAAAUAAAAAAAGGAAUCGCAGAAUGUGCCAACAAUGUGUUGCGUGUCUCAGAGACUACGACUGUGGCGAGUGUGACUUUUGCAAGGACAAGCCCAAGUUUGGUGGCAGCAACAAGAAACGACAGAAAUGUCGCUUGCGUCAGUGCCAGUUUCAGUCAAAGCUUCAAUAUCGAAGCUCACGUGUUCAGCGGAAUCCAUCAUUUCCACGAAGAAGAAAGUACAACAAGCCUGGGAGACCGUCAAAAAAACGGAAAAACUCACGUCACCCCUGGGAUAAUGAUUAUGAUGAUGAUGAUAAUGAUGAUGAUGAUGAUGAUGUCGUCACUGAUAAGGAAGAUGUCAAAGUGGAAUUCAAACGUUUGAAGAGGAAUGGCUCCAGGUCUAGAGGAAGAAGGAAAUGGAAUUACAGUUUUAAGGAAGAGGAUACGUUUGUUGAAGCCGUGAUUGAUGAUGAUGUUGACGAUGAUGAACCAGACAACGAGGAGGCUCCCAUUACUCUGGGCAAUGAGAGGUUGACGGUGGCAUCUAAUGAAAUUUACUCAAACACCUGUGAACUCAAUGCUCAUUCUGAUGCUUUCCCAUUGGUUCAGAAUGAGACUAUGAAAAUUGUAGUGGCCAAUGGCACUGAAAAUUCCAAUGGAUUCAGUAUCAUCCAACCACCUCAGUCUCAGAACCUAUACUACACCAUGCCUGGCCUGCCAGGGACGUUGGGUGAAGAUGUCAAUCAGAAUGGCUUUCUGCAGAUUGAGAUGGUUAGAGUGGGGUCUCCACUGUCACAAUAUAUAGAUGAACCACAGAACACAGCACAGCACAUGACAGAACCCCUACAGGAAGAGUCCACACCGGUGAUAACUCAGAUCUUCAGUCUGGCAGAGAGCAACUCUGACCAAGAUCCAGGCCUUUUGGAGCUUCUCACCGCCCUUCGCCAGACCGUGCUCCCUGCACACUGGGUGGGCGUCAUGGCCAAAGGCCCCGUUCUCCAGCUCCUGCAGUGCUCCAAGCUCUCCACCAUGGCCGACACGGUGGUCCAGAUCGAUAAGAGCUUCUUCUACCAGAUCAGUGUUCAGAACCAGCCUCUCCUGCUCAUGCACUCCAUCUACAUGCGCCACUUCACCUGCCUUACCACGGUCGACCAGGUGGUGUCGCUGUUGCUGGACUUGGAAGCGCUGAGCGUGUGCCAGGGCUACCAGAACUUGGAUUUGAGGUCGCCCUGGGAGCCCAGGAUGUGUGUGCGAUCAGCUCUGUGCGAUUUGCUCAUUCCUAAGGAUGAGGAUCAGUGUGAGAAAUGUGAGCUGUCCACAUAAGACCACACUAAUGACCACUGAGUGGGAUACAUAGGUGAUGUUAUACACUGUAUGGCCAAAAGUAUGUGGACACCUCCUUCUAAUUAUCAUGUUUGGAUGUUCUAGUAAAUCGAGUGAAAACAGAUCUAUAUGAUACACCAUACAGUGACAUUCGCAAGAACUCUUGUGCUUCCAACUUUGUUGCAACAGUUUGACGAGAGCUAAAAAAGCAGUAAUGCUUUUGUAGCAUUAAAAUUUGUCUGCACAGAAAUAAAUUGAAUAGCCAGACUCGUUAAGUUGAUAGGGGUGUCCACAGAUUUUGGGCAUAGAGUGUGUCAGAUGUGAACUGUGGUGAUUUGUAACUUCAAAAAUCUUGUAUUUAUUCAAGUUCAGAUGUGAAUGCUACAAGUAUUUACUGUACGUUUCCAAAACAAUCUUUGAAGUAGUUUGAAAGAAUUUUCCACCAAUUUUUAAGCUUAUUUUCAAAUCUUUAUCCUGUUAUGCUGAAGGGCAGCACCUGCAAACAGUCUCGUGUUGAAUCAACAUCCAAAAUGGUGCUUCUGCAUUUUAAUUGAAUUUAAUUUUUGGAAAAGUGGCAAUCGGACAUCACUGACGUGGCGAAAAAGGACAAGAGCAGCGCCUUCUAACAACCUCAUGUUGAGUCAACGUCCAAAAUGGUGCUUCUUUUUUAUUUUUGGAAAUGUGGCAAUUGGAAGUCAGUGACAGCUUAAAAAAUGUCUCUAAAGAAUUGACUCGGAAACUAAGCUGAAAUACAUUCUUUCUGUUAGUCCAAAUGUGUGGACAGGACAUGGAGUCAUUCUGUUUUAAUUUAACUACCUCUUGAUUCAAUGGACCAACAUUAACCUUAACACCUCUGAGGUGUCCUUAUUUAUCACUUCAGUGCAACUGUUCAGUUGUCGAACGUGUUUAUGUGGUGCAGUGAAAAUGCUAUUCUGUACUGUUUAUUAAUGAUGACACUGGCUUUCUCAUAGUAAAUUUGGGGUUGUACAUCGAUUCAACCCUAACAUUGCAUAGACUGUUCCAAGAUAAAAAUGUUUAACCAAAACCUUUCAACCUCUAGUGAUUUUGUCUGGAAGUUUGUCUACUUUUUGUCACUAACUCUUAUGUUUUACCCCAAAGCACAGCUUCUUUCAUUAUUUAUGUCUUUUAUGUCUGUCUCUAGUAGGGUGCAUAUAUGAACAUUAAUAUUUCUCCAUUGUAAGACGUUUUGUUAAGGAACAGAAGAGGUACUCUGGUCUUUUUUUGGCCUGAUGUUAAUCACACACCUGCUUUCAUGUGACUGAAUUGUGUUACGCAUGAUAAAGUACUAAUUGCUCACUGCAAACUGCUGUACGUUUUUGCUGUUGUCUGUAUAGAUCCCAACCUAUGGUAGACAUCCAGCUGAAGGACACCCAGAAAAGUAGUUUAUUACAGUGAUUUGCUUAAUGCAGUUUGCUUGUAUUUUAAUUCUUAAAAAUGGAGUGAAAUCAGCAUUUACAUUUAUUUUCUAAAUGUUUUUGUGUAGGGCAACAUUUAUUUUAUUUUUGUAAUUUUUUGAAUGGUUUUAAUUGGAACUGAUUUAAAGCAGAAUUCUAAUUUUCAACCUCCCCUGAAAGAUGUAUAAAAAAAAAUUAACUGUAAAAUACAUAUUUGUCUGAAAAUAUUUAUAAAUAAGGGAUGUAAGCUAGAGGUGUUUCUCAAAGCAUUUCUGUAUUGUAAAUCUUGGUAUUUUGGUCUGUUUAACCACCAAGUUCCGUUUUUAGAACACACUGUAAAGUAAUAUUUUUAUGAAGGGUGGUUAACAUUAAAUUUUUUCUUAUAUA